AAAGUUGUGUUCGAAGUGUCACACGUCUUCUUGAAAACUACAAUUCAAAGUGAAAUUUUUACUAAAAAUUUACUGAAAAACAUUAAAAAAUUUAUUGAAAAAACCCCAAAAAUUCGUAAAUAAAUUCGCGGGACACAGCCCGCUAGAAUUCGUUGCAGCAAAAAAAAAUGAAAGAAACGAUUUCUUGGAAAUAAUUCAUUUUUCGCCAGAUUUCUGUUUCUUUUUUUUGCCUUCAAAAUGGCGUGUAUAAGCGAUACGUCUCUGUGGCUGCAUAACAAACUUGGCACAUCAAACGAUUCAUGGACGAGCGGUUCAAUAUGUUCACAAUUAAAUAAGGAAGUGCUGCGGAAUAUAAAAGACUGUUUUCCCGAUUUGCAGACGCAAGUGAAACUGAAAUUGUUGCUUAGCUUUUUCCAUAUACCGCGACGCCUUGUAGAAGAAUGGAAGAAUGAAUUGGAGGAAAUCAUAGAAAUUGCUGGUCUUGAUUCCGAAUUGUGGGUGUCAAUGAUAGCCGAGACAAUAAAAACGUUUCCCAAUACCGGUUCGUUGAAUACGGAAAUCAGUGACUAUGAGGAAACGCGACCGAUAUUUAGUGACAUGGUGAACGAUUUGCGGAAACUAAUUAAUAAGCACAGUGAUAUCGGAAUGUUGCCAUUGGAGUGUCAAUAUUUGAAUAAGGCGGCAUUGAUAUCGGUUGUCGGUCAACAGGCGCCGCCGGUGAAACAUUUUACUAUAAAAAAGAAACCAAAAAGUGCUGCAUUAAAAACGGAACUGUUACAAAAGUGCAUGGAUGCCCAGUCCAUAAAGAAAACGUCAGCGCCAACAAUACCAUUGAGAUCCCGUGGAAUGCCUCGCAAAAUGACUGACACAACCCCGUUAAAGGGCAUUCCGUCUCGCGUACCUUCAAGUGGCUUUCGAACACCUACAUCAUCUCAAGGACAAAAUCGUCCGAACAUGAGUAGAACACCGGCCGGCCGAAAGGAUGGCGGUAUAAAGCUUCUGGAUAUUGCCGAUCAACCCCUGGGCUAUGCGGCCGCGAAAAAACGGAAACGACAACAGGAGCUGGAAGAUCAACAAAAGCGAGCAUUAGAAGCUGCCGCCAAUCCUCCGGUUAAACAAGAACCUGUACCGGUUACAACGACACCGGACUACGCAGCUGGUCUUACUGCUUCGACAAUUUAUACUCAGCCCGCUACGCCUGCAUCCGUCAUCAAGGAAGCACCAACUACGACAACUUCAGCGGCUACAAAUGCGACCGCAUCGACAAUUCAAUUUGUGAAAACCGAUAACGUUAAGACGGACGGUGUGACGAUAAAGAAUGAGGUGAUAAAAGUGGAAAGUAUAUCGACGCCCACUACGACUACAACAACAGUGUUUGCCAAUCAAACCGAAAAUAUUAGUCCUUCCACGAACAACAAUAACCAAAUUGUAUUCACCAUGAAAUCGCCCAAUUCCAAUAAGACUUCGCUAUCGAACUCCAGCCCAACCAUAGUGUCAAACGUUGUCAAUUCAAUCAAACAAGAGUCUCCUAGAAUAGUGCAACAGAACCAAAAUGUAACACUGGUAACGCAACAACAGCAGUCCCAGCAACAGCCAGCAUCAACACAAUCCUAUAUUACACCACCACUAGCCGCCUACAAUCAAUCGAAUGUUGCCAAGCAAAAAAUUAACGUUCAAUCGGUGAUUUCAUCGUUGCCUGUGUCAGUGAGCACGGCCAUGCCCACACUGACUGCUCUGUCCUCGAAUUCAUCGUCCAUCGGUCAACAACAGAUUAUUACGCAAUCGGCGCAGCAACAACCACAACAAAUUCAAAUUCCUCAUCAAAUCGGCGCAACGAAAAUCGUUCAAAUCAAGACCGCACCGACCAUUCAAAUGGCCAAUGCACAACGAACGACCAUCCAAAAUAUUCCGCCGCUGAUACCGACGCAGCAACCAACCAUUCUGAACAUCCGGAAUGUUUCGAUAGCCGGCCGACAGAAUCAAAUCCAGACGACAAAUGCCUCGAAUAUUUCGUACAUUACGACGUCAAACAGCCAAGCAAACAACCAGCAGCCGCAGCAGAUACAAAUUCAACAGCAGCAAAUUAUUCAACAGCAACAACCGCAGCAACAGCAACAAAUUCAGGUGUCGAAUGCACCAAAAUAUUCGCAGGUCGUUAUGUCACCGAAUGUGAAGGGAGGCAACACAAUCAUUCUAGCCAAUCCGAAUGUACAAACGCAGAAAACGUUUAUUCUACGAACGAUUGGCGCUGACGGAAAGACAACGUUCCAGCAAGUUCCGCUGAGCAAUUUGACCGGUCUGAAUCUGGGAAACAAUACCAACAACAUGACAAUUGUGUCGAAUCCACCCAGUUUGAUAAAAACAUCGACGAAUAAUCAAACAUCGUCGAAUCAACAACAAAUACCGGCAUUGGUGCCGACUAGCAGUUACACGCAAAAUGUGCAACCAGUCGUUAUAACGCCGGCGAAUCAACAAAAUAUACCACAGUUGAUAAAUCAGCAACAGCAGUCACAACAGCAAACGAUUCACAUACAACAACAGCCUCAGCAACAGGGAACAACUAUUAUUCGGCAAGCAAUGCCUCAGGUUCUUGUGACUAAUCAGCAAGGCGGCGUUAGCAUGUUACCACAAGGAUUGACGUUAAUUCAACGGCCCGGACAGCAACCACAGCUCGUACAAACACAGACGGUGCAACAGCAAGGUCAACAACAGCAAAUCCACCGAACGAUCAUUACAGCACAGCCCGAACAACAAAUGAGACAAGUACAAAUUCGACAGAUUCAGCCCCAACAAAUUAUAAUUCAGAAUCAGCCAGCAACAAUAAUCCAGCAGCAACAGCCUCAACAACAGCAGCAGCAGCAACAACAACAACAACAGCAGCAGCAACAACAAAUCCAACCGCAGCAACAGCGAGUGGGACUUAGUUUAAGUCACGAUCAUGCCAACAAAGCCCAUGAAAUGUUCCGACGAGCGAAUCGCGUGACGCGUCGCGACAAAGCGUUAAUUCUCAGUUUUAUGGCCGGUUGUCGUGAAAAUCCGAUGCCCAGUGCGGACAAUUGUAUCGUGAUAAAGCUCAGUGAUUCGGAGGAGAAAGUGAAAACGGCGUCCAAUAACAGUUUUUCGGUGAUGCGAGUGGAAACGUUUAUCAAAUUGGACUAUAAUACAGGUGAAUGGGAAAAAUUCCAAAAAUUCGGUCGUGUUGAACAGACACCGCAACAGAUUCAACAAUAAAAAUGGACAAAUUGUGGAUCGGUUUAGCGCUCAUUGGAUGGUGUCACUAGUUUGGUGAAUUUUUUUUUAAUUAAAUUUUUCUCUUUAUGCGAUGAUCGAAUGUUUCGUGACAAAUGGUUCUUCGAGGACAGUCGGCCAAUCGGUAAUCGAUUUCAUUUUAGUUUUUUUUUUUCUUUUGGUACGUGACUAUUGUGCACUCUUUAAGCAAGAAGUUGAAAGAGAAACAACAAUUGCACUAGUAGCAGUAUGAGAAAUUGGUUUUUAAAUUUAAAUUUACUUCAUUUUACGAAGAACAAUUAGAAAAAAGAGUUUGAAUAAUCACGCUCCACUACCUGUGCUUCCAAAAUGCAGUUAUUUUGAA